AUGAAGAGCACAAGGAAUCAGAGCAGUGUGUCUGAGUUCAUCCUCCUGGGGCUCCCCAUCCAGCCAGAGGACCAAGGCAUGUAUUAUGCCCUGUUCCUGUCCACCUACCUGACCACAGUGCUGGGGAACCUGCUCAUCAUACUGCUCAUCAGGCUGGACUCUUGCCUCCACACCCCCAUGUACUUCUUCCUCAGCCACUUGGCCUUCACAGACAUCUCUUUCUCAUCAGUCACAGCUCCAAAGAUGCUCAUGAAUAUGCUGACACAGAGCCACUCCAUCUCAUAUACUGGGUGCAUUUCCCAGGUAUAUUUUUUCCUAUUUUUUGCAGAUCUUGACAGCUUCCUUUUGACCUCAAUGGCCUAUGACAGAUAUGUGGCCAUCUGUCACCCCCUCCACUAUACCAGGAUCAUGAACCAGAGUGUCUGUAUCCUACUAGUUAUUUUAUCCUGGUUCUUAUCCUUUGCUGGUGCCCUUGUGCACACCCUCCUCCUACCUCGUCUCUCUUUCCUUAGAGGUAACACUCUCCAUCACUUCUUCUGUGACCUCUCUGCCUUAAUUAAGCUGUCCAGCUCAGACACCACCAUCAAUGAGUUGGUUAUCCUCAUUGUGGGCUCACUAGUCAUUACUGUGCCAUUCAUUUGUAUUCUGGUCUCCUAUAGCCACAUUGGGGUCACCAUCCUGAAAACCCCCUCCAUCAAAGGAAUCUGCAAAGCCUUGUCCACAUGUGGCUCUCACCUCUCUGUGGUUUCUCUGUACUAUGGAGCCAUCAUUGGGCUAUACUUUGUCCCCUCCUCCAAUGACACUAAUGACAAAGAUGUUCUUGUGGCUGUGAUGUACACUAUGGUUACACCCAUGCUCAAUCCCUUUAUCUAUAGUCUAAGGAAUAGGGAUAUGAAAGGAGCCCUGAGAAAUAUGUUUGUGAAAGCAGCUUUUUCAGUAUAA